AUGUAUCUGCAUAAAUUUGUAUUUAAUUACUUCAUUUUUUUAUCAAUUUGUUACAUAGUUAAUACAUUUUCUGCUUUGAAGAUCAUCAUUAUAAUAACAAGUUACUCUGGAAAAGUAUUUUCAGUCACUUCUGGCAGUAAAUUAUGUUUUGAUAUUUCGAUUCUGUUACAGAAAAUUUAUCUUCAUAUCACCUGGUUAAAAUGUUAGAUUCCUGCCAUGGAAUAGAUUUGGUGCUAGUCACAUGUUGGUGAUAACUGGUUAACAGUUGGGUAGUUUUGUUAAUAUCUUACAAUAACUUGUUUCACUUUUCAGAACUCCAAUUUUUUAUAUAUUGGAUGUGAAGAUUGAAGAACGAUGUUUAAAUUAAGUCUGCAAGCCCCCCGAGCACCAGACCAACUAUCAUAGACUACCCCCACUAAUAGCAGAUUACUAGCAGGCCCUAUUUAUUGUUUUUCAGUGGAUAAAACAGUCGUGUCUCAUGGUUUUCUAAAUGGGGAAGGCUGCACCUGCAUUGCAUUGC